UGUUGCCGAUGAAAGUUGGAAGAGUUGAAUAACGUCAGCCGGGUAGAAGACAGCAACCGCGGGCCGCGGGCGGGUAGUAUAAAUACGCCCCUGCUCUUCUCGCCGUUCCCUCAAACCGCCGGACCAAACCCCGCCAGUGAACUCCCCACACCACGAUGGUCGCGGCGGAGGACCCGGAAUCCUUCUUCGCCACCGCGCCGCCGCUGCGCGACGCCGGCGCCGUCACCGCGACGGUGCAGGAGUUCAUCGCGCGCAACUCCCACCCCUCAGAGGGCGGCGGGCUGCGGCGGAUCGUGUGCGUGACGUCGGGCGGGACGACGGUGCCGCUGGAGCAGCGCUGCGUGCGCUACAUCGACAACUUCAGCUCCGGCCACCGCGGCGCUGCGUCCACCGAGUAUUUCUUAAAGGCCGGUUAUGCAGUAAUCUUUGUCCAUCGACGAGGGAGUUGCCAGCCUUACUGUAGGUUCCUGCCUGACGAUUCAUUUCUCAAGUUCUUUGAUGUCAAUGCAGAAUCAAAGGUUCAAGUGGCCGAAUCGCAUGCAGCGAUUGUAGAGAAAGCAAUUGGGGAAUAUUGCAAGGCUAUUGAAGGCGGCUCUCUGCUGAAACUCCCAUUCACCACAAUAUUUGAAUAUCUUCAGUUAUUAAAGAUGGUGGCUGCAUCGAUGAGCUCUGUGGGUCUACACGGGAUGUUCUAUCUUGCUGCAGCGGUGUCUGACUUUUAUGUUCCUUGGGAUAGCAUGGCAAAACAUAAGAUUCAGUCAGCCGGAGGCCCUCUGGAUAUGAGGCUCAGUCAGGUUCCAAAAAUGCUUUCAGUGUUGCGAAACCAAUGGGCCCCGCUGGCCUUCUGUAUAUCUUUCAAGCUUGAGACAGAUUCAGACAUUCUUGUUCAGAAAGCAGAUAUGGCUCUGAACAAGUACAAGAUGAACAUUGUUGUGGCUAAUUUGCUUGCAACAUACAAAGAGGAGGUCAUCAUUGUCACCAAUGACGAAAGGAAUACUAUUCGAAGGUGCCACAAAGAUGAGGAUUUGGAGGAGCAUAUAAUCAAGCUCCUGGAAGAGAGUCACUCAAAGUAUAUUUAUAGCCGUACAAACGGGUGUAACAAGAAUGACUAUGAAAAGCUUAUAUCGUUUGACAUCAAAAGUUUGGCUUAAGGUAAUAUUGAUUGUUCUCUGGGAGUUGAAAUAAGAAGAAAGUCCGGUCAACUCUGAGAAAUCGCUAUACUUGUAAUGUGUAGAGAUGCUGGUAUGUAUGUGAACAGCACCAAUACAGUUUUUCUCUUCUUAUUUUGUUUCUUAGAAACACAAAAAAGCCAAGGUUAAAUGUAUCAUCGUGGCGUCACCUAUACAUUAAUAGCCUUCUAAUCAGAAAGGUUUCUUCUUUGAAUUAUUA